AUGGCACUCGCAGAUAUUGACCAGUCGCCUUUCGAGCACCUGUUCGACCUAGACAUGCCCGCGUGCGCCGACGCUAGCGACAUUGACGCGGCAGUCGACUCGUUUCUCAAUCUCCCCGAUCCAGCCUUCUCCUGGCCCCCCUGCGACGACAAAGCCGCGGCCUCCAAUCCCGAGGCUCCAGUAGCCGCGAAGUCUCGUGGUAAGCCCGCCGGGAAGAGCGGCGGGAAGAGCGGGAAGGCGAAGGCGAGAAAGGCGGCGCAGCGCGCGACUCAAAAGCAGCUGCUCGCGGCAAUCAUGGAGGCCCUCGCCGAAUCAGACGACACCGACGAGCCGUCCUCGCCUGAAUCUGAAUCCCUUGCCCCCUCGCCCGCAAAGCGCGCCAAGCAGGCUCCCGGCGAUGUCGCAGCAUCCCGCCGGCUGCCGCAAUUGGACAGUCUGAGCAACAGCAGCCCAGCAAGCAGUGGUAACCCGUCGUCCGCGCUUCUCGAUUCGUUUCUCGGUCAGCUGCCGCAGGUCGACAUGCACCUCGACGCGAUUAUCGCCUCACUUGACGGGCCGGCAGCCGACGCGGCGCAGCCGGCGGCGGGUCAGACGGGGAGCAGCAGCGCAGCCGUGGGGCAGGUGCGGGCCGCAGGUAACAACUGCGACGCGGAGAGGGUUCUUAUGCGCAGCAGCAGCACCAGUACGCCCGUUGCCCCUACCGCAGCCGUGGACGGAAGUGAGGCGGAGGUUUCCCGCCAGUUGCGCCGCGCGCUUGGCGCGGCCAUCCUCCGCAGUGAACCGUGCCCCGCGCCCGCUGCUUUUGCCGCUCCCGCGCCUCCUGCGGCUGCGCUGCCAGUGCUUAGCCAUGCCGCCCAGGUCGGCAGGACCCUCGCCCAUCACGGUCCGCUGCAGAUGCCCAUUCGCCUGCCCACCGCCAAUGGCGCGGCUCCCUCUGCGCCUUCCGCUGCGCAUGCGCCACUAGCUAUGUCCGCGCGUGAAGCAGCAGCGUGCAUGCAGAAUGACAAUUCAGAUGAUGACAUGGCGGGUUUUGGCGGAAGUCCCGCAUGCGGGGGCGCCAAUGGAGCGGCAGAUGACGUGGACGACUGGAUGCCUCGCAGCCGCGGGCGCAAGGACCGGCAGGUGGCGGGCGGGCGCAUCAAGGCGCGGAGCAUGGCGGAGAGGCAGAGGCGGGAGAGGAUCAGCGAGGGGCUGCAGAAGCUGCGGAUGGUGGUGCGCGGGCAUGGGGACACAGCCACCAUGCUUGACAAUGCUGUUGCUUACGUGGACGCAUUGCAGCGGAGAGUGAGCGCGUUGGAGACCACUCUGCUGCUGCACAAGGCGUCGUGCAAACACCCUGGGCAGACCGAUUGCGCCUUGGCCUCACCUGGCGAAUCAGCUGAGCUGUUGUAA